AUGGCGCAUAAACUAUAUGCCAAAAAAUCCAAGUGCGCCUUCGGGCAACAGUCCAUUGAGUAUCUGGGUCAUGUGGUAUCGGCCCAUGGGUUGGCGGUUGACCCAUCUAAGAUAGCUGCUAUUUUGUCGUGGCCCAGCCCACGUAAUAUUCUAGAGCUCCAUGGCUUUCUUGGGCUUUCGGGCUAUUACAGACGUUUUAUUAAAGGUUAUGCCCACUUAGCUGCCCCACUAACAGAUCUAUUAAAAAAAGGGGCUUACCAGUGGUCUGCAGAGGCCCAAGAGGCAUUUUCACAGUUACAACAAGCUAUGACAGGUGCACCAGUUUUAGCCCUACCCAAUUUCUCUUUACCUUUCACUAUUGAAGCUGAUGCUUCAGGGGUAGGGAUUGGAGCAAGCCUCAUACAAGAAGGGCAUCCAAUUGCUUAUUUUAGCAAGAAGCUCUCACCAAGAAUGCAAGCAUCAUCUACUUACCACUGA